CCCUCUUUUCGGAAACUUCUGAAGAAAGCUCCAUAAGUUGACUUGCUAAGUUUGUAUUAUUAAUGCACGUUGGUUGCCCACUUGUUUUGAACUGUGAUGGAUUCUCCAGAUGAAAUCAAAACUCCAGAUUUAAAGGCCUGCAUGAAUUUCAAAUGGACAGAUGAUUUAACUUUACAGUUUAUCUUAUAUCGUCAUGAACGUCGUCAAAUGUUUACCAAGAAACGCAAUACAUCGCGUCACGGCUGGCAGUUGAUUCUGAGAGAUAUGGGUCUAGCAGCAUAUGUAACUCCAUAUCAAGCACAGAAGAAAUGGAACAAUCUUUGGUCAAAAUAUAAGCUAGCUAAAAGAGCUCAGGCUGAAGGACCUUCGGAAGAAGAUCCCAAUGGAGCAUGGCCUUUCUUUACUGUGUUAGAUGCAAUUGCAACUGGAAAGACGGUUGCAAUUACAAGCCCCGAAGUUGCAUUUCAAGUGGAAUCUAGUGAACCUAGAGAAGAACCUACUGACAAUGCAAUACAUGUCAAUGUCAAUGCCAUUCAAGUGAAUGAGGGACCACCAUCAAAGAAAUCCAAGCAUGAUCCAGGAAUGUCACAUACCAUUAAUCCAAUUCAAUGGGAUGGAGAACCUGAAGAUCAUAAACAGCAAGUCAUUGAACUUUUGCAGGCAAAUCUUCAGCAGCUAGAUGAAGUGAGACAAUCCAUUGAAACACAGGGUCAAGCAAUUGUUUCUAUGCUCUCACAGUUAAUUGGCGUAAUCUCGUGUGGUAAUAAGCCUAUGCCCACCAACUCAGGAUCUAGCCGGAUAGAUGAAGCCAUUACGGCCACAAUACGGGAAAUAGGGAUUCCUCAGGAAAACACGUAACAUUUGUUAUCUUCGCAAUCAACUACUUAACGUUAAUAUGCAAAAUUACAUUUAUUGUCCACAUACCCUUCAUUUGGCUAUCGUCGAGUGUAUUUCUCGCAAGAAAUGAUUUUAAAGAACUGUUUUUGUUAUCAGCUAGAAGUUGGGUCCAAACGUAAAUAAAUCAGAAGUUUUUCUUUGA